GAUCAAACAAAAUGGAGGAUUUGUUUUGAAAUAAAAAGGCAAACGUUAAAAGUCCUAUGCUAUGACUACUAUGAGACCUAUGCUUAGAAAUUAAUAGAUCUACUAUAAAAUUCCAGUAUGAAUCCACAAACAUCUUCAAGUAAUGGGCAUGAGCGACAUUCUGAGCGAAUGUUAAGCGUUAGACAUUCUGGUGAAAAAAUUGAUAGUGAAAACAACAUUCCAUUAAAUGUUCAAGAAACUGUGACUCUUAUUGAGGCAGGUGCAUUGAAAAUUGUGGCUAAAAAUGCCACUGAAACAAACUUUGAUAUCAAGCUUGACAUCCAAGACACAUCCUUAACUGAUGCACAUUAUAAAGCUGGCAUGCAUUCUGCACAAGUAAGUGAUCUAGAAAAAGAAAAUAUUUUUUUGACUGAUGCGCUCUAUGAGUUUUAUCAAGUAGUAGAUGAAGGUUAUCCACAGCUAAUUGAAGAGGUUGCUUGUAAAUAUAAUAUAGAUGUGAAUACAGUUUUCUCUGACAAAUUCCACUUUGUGAAAAGAAAGCACAGGGGUUGGACAGCACUGCAUGUUGCUGCUUCACUUGGUAAUGUUAGAACCGUCAGAUUUCUUAUUACUGCUGGCUGUGAUAUAGAAGCUGUUACCCCUGAUGGUGAAACAGCUGUGCAUAUUGCAGCUAAACAUGGAGCUGUAGACGUCCUUUCAUACCUCCUGGAAUGCAAUGUUUUUUUACGUGAUCGUCAGAAUAAUCAAGGAGGGACAGCCUUACUAAAGGCCAUAAUCAACUCCCAACAAGCAUUCAAAGGGAACUAUUGCAGAUGUGUAGAUAUACUUCUAGGGGCUGGAUGCAACCCAAAUAUAUAUUCUUCUUCCAAGGUAACUGCCUUGCAUGUCGCUGUUGAUAAAGGGGACUAUCACUUGGUGUCCAAACUUAUAAAUGCUGGUGCGAAUGUGAAUGCGCUGUGUGAUCGUGGGACAAGCCCAUUGCUGAGAGCUUUAGUUUCCAAAAUUGUACAUACAGACAUAGUGCACGCCCUCUUGCUUGCAGGGGCAGACACAUCUUUAAAAGCUAAUGGUAGGUCACUCCUGCAUAUUGCUGUAGCAAGAUGUGAUGACAGAGUUAUAGAAACAUUUUUGCAAUGUAAAGCUGACCCCAACUGUCAGGAUAAGUCUUUCAAGACACCUCUCUGGGUGGCUGUUGAGGAGAAUAACAUCACUGUUGUACCCAUUCUUGUGGCAGGUGGUGGAGAUGUCAAUUAUGCAAGACCCCCUCAGAACAUCUCACUCUUAUCACAAGCAGUUGUUAACGGCUCACUUCCAAUGGUCAAACUACUUCUGCAACAUGGGGCCACCACCUACUCAGAGACCUGCAUGUGGUCUACACCCCUGCACUAUGCUGUGGAGCUGCAGAAUAUCGAAAUCAUCAGGGAACUGCUUCGUGUCAACUGCCCACUAAACACCACAAGUAAUGCCCAGUAUUCCUUGCGACCAAUGACUCCUGUACAGUUGGCCUUAGAGCUGGGAAAUGUUGAAAUCAUUUAUCUUCUGAUCCAAGCUGGUUCUAGGGUGCAAUGGUCUUGGCUGAGGCCAGACAGGUUAUCAGUUGCCAUGUCCAGUAAGCCAGAUGCUGUCAGCCACCUUCAUAAAUUAGCAUCACAGAUCCCUUCACUGCUUCACUUGAGUAGACUACAGUUGCGAGAGUAUUUGGGGGAGAGAUUUACAUCUGCUUUACACUGGAUGAGAGUGUCUGGAGUUGUUCCUAACAAAAUUGCAUCCUACAUAGCUAUGAGUGAUAUGCUUGAUUAAAUGAUAGGGCUGAAGACUGUUAAAAAACAAAUACUUGACAUUUUUGUCUCACUCCAUCUUCAUCAAAUAAUUUACUGUUUGAGAAGUUUUUGUACCAUUUAUUUUUACAUGCUAACUAAGCAAAGAAGAUUAAUGGUUAACUGUUUAGAAUAAAUAAAUAUAUAUAUAUAUAUAUAUAUAUAUAUAUAUAUAUAUAUAUAUAUAUAUAUAUUUGGUGCUUUUUUAAAUAUCAAUUUACUGAAAGGGGUAAAAAAAAAAAAAAGCAGUAUCGUACUUACAAAAAAAAAAUUGAUCUGACAAAUUGCAUGCACAUGAAUGAACUGUAUUUAAAAAAAUACAAGAUCAACAUACUUUAUGGGAGAAAAAAUUAGGAUCUUUGCUAUUUUCUUUUGUUAUCUUUUAUGAUAUUUGGAUGUCAUAUAGCUAAGUAAUUAAAUAACACAUAUACCUUGUUACAAAUCUUGUUUUAAAAUAUGUAUGUGUAAGUAGAUAAAAACAAAGGGCAUGCCUUCCGAAGAUUGUUAAUAGUAUUUUAGGCAAUUAGCAUAUUUUAUAUACAAUAUAUGGCCUCCUUGAGUCACGAAGCAACUAUGGAUCAUCUCAUGGAUGAUGAGAUGAAUGCCUGUGCAUUAGAUGUGGCCAAAACGAUGUCGCCCCCACAUCUAUUCCCUUCUCUCCAUGGAGCUGAUGUAUCCAAAGGAAUGGCAAGUGCUGAUAAAAGUGACUUAUCCCUAUAGGGACACCUAUAAAGAAAAAUUGAAAAUCAUAUCCACACCAUGUGAAAUAAAAGUUUGUUCCUUUUGUUUUCUAAGUGUUAGGAAUGAAUUGUUAUUUGCAUAGAUUCAAUUAAUAUCUUUUCAAUUAUCACAAUUUUGAAACAUUCCUUUUUUUUUUUUUCAAAAUAAAAGCUUAAUAUUUUGAAAUCUAUAUUUUUUUUUCUUAUUAUACCAAUUUUUUAAAUGUUAUAAAUUAAUUUGCUUUGAAGUACCGAUAAUAAAGAAAAAAAAAUUGGUUUACUGAUAAUGUGUGCACACCACAAAGAAGUUUCUUCAGAAAUUAUGUUGACUAUUUAGUAUACAUAUGCAUCAUAGGAAGACCAUGAAUUUAAUUAAUUUACUCUUAACAUCACUCUACAUAUGAUAAAGUGAAACCAAGUUAAUGCUGAAUAAUAUUGUUACUAAUGUGUAGUAAGAAACAUACAAGCUAGUUCUCAACAAUUUUUGUAUUCUCUAAUAUAAUUUUGUUUGCUUUUGAUUGUUAUUCUGGACUUUGUAUCACUUGCCUUGCUAAAUGUGCCAUUAAAAUUUUUUUUAGCCUAUACAUGUUAAUUCUUUUGGUCAUUGAAACAUUUCCAAAUUUUAGAUUUGAUUAUAAACAGCUACUUCAGGUGGAAUAUGUUUUUUUGCAAUCUGUAUUUUUUUAAUUAUAUAUUUAUUUUAAUAAUGAUUUUACGUAAGACAUCGAUCUGUAAUGUCAGAGUUUAUCUGGACAUUGGACUGUAAUAUUAAAAAUUUCUGUAUUUAAGAAUAAACACCUAUAUAGAUAUUUUGUUGGAUAAUUAAAUAAUCUCCCAUCAAACAAAAAAUUAAGACCUCAAAAUGUAUUAUUUCAUACAAAUUCUUCUUUCCUAGACCUACAGGUAACUUUGUAUGCAUGGUAAACUUAUAAUAAGAGUCAAUAAAAAUGACAAAUCUCUACCUAAAUUCUAGAUCAUUGUAUGAGAGACCAUGUUGGUCGAACCUGUGAUACAACUUUGAAGAAUAUUCGCAGGGCAUUGCACCAAGCAUGAAAUAUUACGUUGUAAGAAAAGCAACAUAUUAUUUUCUUUUUAUUUGAGCAUUAGGAUCUUAAAAAACGACUCUAACCAUUUUCCUAGAAAUUUGACAGUUGAUACCUUAUUGGGAGUUGAAUUACUAGCUCAUUGGCUACACUUUCAAAACUCUAGUUUGACAGUUAUAAAUUUUCUAAUUAAAAAAAUAAUAAAUUUAAAUUUGGGUAUAGGACGAGAAAAUAUUUAUCUUGAAUGGACUAUAUGUCUUCAGGUAUUUCUGCAUGUAGGCAUCAUUCAUUCAUGAGUUUAAUAAAUUAAUGUUCAGGAACAUUGUCUUGUAACACUAGAUCUAAAGGCUUAUAGUAUCACUGGAAUAUUAUACAAUCUUGUUAAUCUAUACAUUCACUUAACCAUAAAUCUUUCUCUGGCGGGUUGGGGAAAUGAUGCGGGGUAAAAAAUGCUCCAUUUUUUAAAAAUCUUCUUUUCAUUAGUUAUCAGAAAAAAUAAUAGCUCUAUAAAUUUUUAGAAAGGCAGAAUUGUUUUUUUUUUAAAUGUCUUUUUUAGUUUUUCUUGUUUAUUUAGUGGUUUAAUUAGGACAAUUAGAAGAAAGGCAAAUAAACCACACACACACCAACUACUGGCCUAUAGAUUUGAUGUGCAUGUUUUGUUGGUUAGUUUCUUCAGGAAAGCUUUUUUUUUUUUUAAAUCUGUUAACUCUUUCUCUCCGUAAUUAUUGUCCUUGUUCCGAUAGAAUUAUUCAUUUUGCUCAUUUGUAUUUCACUAUCCUGAUAUGAUAAAACUUCAAUAACUUUUUUUGUUUAACAGAAAAUGUUAUAUUUGGUAUCUAAUUAUAGGGGAAUACAUGUUUUUUUUAAACAACACAAAUUAAAGUUUAUAAAUCCAAAUAUCAAUUAAGUUUAAUGGGGUCAAAUCAACGUUGGCAUCAUCAGUUAGGAGAGAAAGAGUUAAACACCAGCAUUUGAUUGUGUACAUGAUCAUCCAUUCAUUUGAAAAUUAACUUCAUCAUAUUUAUUUAGUGUGAUAUUCUAUAUAUGUGAUACUGAGAUGAUAAAAUUAUCUCUAUUUAUUUAUUUAUAUAUAUAUUUAUAUAUAUGUUAUCAGAAUGUAUAAUUAUUUUAUGAUAAACAUAUUUUUAACAGAAUGCUUUUUUUUUUUUAAUUAUCCUUGAUUUUAAUUUGGAGUUUGUGUUGUUUAAUAAUAAGUCAUUUAUUCUGUAUUUAAAGUAGCAGUGACAUUUUCAAUCAAUUUAUUGUCUUUUUCAACUAAAUUUAAUUGUAAUUAAUCUGGAAUGAAAAAUUAUGCAGGAUUUUAUUUUUGUGUAAACUUAUGACCAUCAUAUUUAAAUAUUAUACUUUUAUUUUUCUAUUAAUUUUUUUUUACUAUUCUUGGAAAUAUUUAAGCUGGAAGUUAUAAUCAAAAUAUUUUCUCAUAGAAUAUUUUUUUGUAAGCAUUUUUAUUAAAAAAACAAUUUUAAAUAAUUGCCUGUGUAUUUCUUUUUUUCAAGUAGAAAUUAUUAUUUUUUAUUAAAGUAAAACUUUUGAAGUUUAAGUGCUUUAAAUAUUGAGGCCUAUAAGUAAUUAGAUAUCACUGAUCACAUCUCAUAUCAAGACGUUCAUAAGAGUGUUUAUUGGGCCUUAUAAUACACCCUGACCAUUGUCAAUAUUAAAUAUCUGAUCUCACAACAUUCUCAGAGCUUUCGAAAAUGUGUCAUCAACAUUUACUAGACAUCAGAAACUAUAUGUCUGCCUGGCCAUGUGAUAUCGCUCUGGACUGUUUUUCAGUGGUCUAUAUGUUUCCAGGUUUGAAUCCUGCACGCUGCCUUCCCCUAACAUUCUGUGGGAGGUUUAGGCAUGAAUUUAAUUGUCUUCAUAUCUGAAGGAACAUGUAAAACAUUGACAAUAGUGAGACAUCAAUUUAUACACAGGUCUUAGUUGAAUGAAAUGUUUUGGAUAGCAUGAAAAAAAUGAGAAUUGCAGGAAGCUGCUCAGCAAGUGCCCUAAUAGAUUGCAUGUGGUACUCUUUUAACAGUCCAACAGACUUCAGAAAAUGUAGAGAGGAAAUAAUUUCAGUCUAAAUGAGAAACUCUCAUUGAAUUCUUCAGUAUAAAUAAAGUAGAGAAGUAGACAUUUUGAUAGAGUCAAGUUGCUUCUGUUGUAUUAAUGUAUCAAGCGUAUUCAAUGAAGUAAUUUAAUAAUAAAAUUAUUUUUUUACUUUUCAUUGAUUGUUUUUGUCAUUUAUCGGUGCAAAAUACAUCCCUACAGCCAAGUGGCCUACAGAUAAUUAGUAAACCUCUAAAUCAUGAAACAAGACUUGCAUCAGGAAGUCUGACGUGAUCUGUUGAUUCACACUGCUACUUUAUUUCAUUUUUAUACACCAAAUGUAAAUCUGUGGUAAAUAAGUGUACACCAAAAUUAUUUUCUGUGUAUCUAAUUAAUGUCUUACAAUGUAGACUACGCUACCAUACUUACUUUGAAAUCUUUUUAUUUUUAUACCAACAUUUAUUUCCCUAACCAUUUAAUUUGGAUUGACAAAUAUUUGAUGUAAGCAAAAUCUUUUUGUUUUUUUUAUAGACUAUAGACAUUUUAUUAUCUGAUAAAUUGAGAAAAUUACAAAAUGAUAGGAAUUAUAAUGUUGUGUUUCCAUUCCAAAGAUACAAAAUAUAUUUUAAAGUGUUAGCAUUCUGAAUUGAAUGUUAGGGUUAGGGUUGUUUAUGUAUGUGUCUUUUUUUUCUUGAGUUGAAUAUUGACUUUUCAAACAUGAACAUGAAUAAAAGAAAGAUAAAUCAU